UGGAAGCGCUUACUGCUGCUGUGGAGUCACUCAGCAACUCAGUAAGGUUGAGUCGAGAACCUCUGCCAAAGAGAAGAUGUCUUUUAUAAAAGUUGAUGCAACUUGUGAUUUCUCAUUCCACAGCCUCCCUUAUGGAAUAUUCUCCACACCGGAUAAUCCCAAACAUCGUAUUGGCGUUGCCAUUGGAGACCAGAUACUGGACCUCAGUGUGAUUAAGACUUUGUUCCAAGGACCUGUGCUUUCCAAACAUCAGGAUGUCUUUGACCAGCCCACACUGAAUGCUUUCAUGGCUCUCGGUUAUGAGGCCUGGAGGGAGGCCAGGAGGACGUUGCAGGUGUUGCUGUCGGCCAAUGAGAGCACACUGAGAGAUGACGUCAGCCUCCGGAGCAGAGCGUUUGUCCAUCAGUGUGCAGCGACCAUGCACCUUCCUGCAGACAUCGGCGACUACACCGACUUCUACUCCUCCAGAGAUCACGCCACCAACGUUGGCACCAUGUUCCGGGGGAAGGAGAAUGCUCUGAUGCCAAACUGGCUGAGGCUUCCAGUGGGAUACCAUGGCCGAGCGUCAUCCGUGGUCGUUUCCGGGACCCCCCUCCGCCGCCCCUCAGGCCAGAUGAGACCGGACCAGACGAAACCUCCAGUGUUCGGACCGUCUAAGCAGUUGGACAUUGAGCUGGAGAUGGCCUUCUUUGUUGGAGGAGGGAAUCAGCUCGGAGAGCCCAUUCCCAUCCAGAAAGCCCAUGAACACAUCUUUGGCAUGGUACUGAUGAAUGACUGGAGUGCCAGGGACAUCCAGGCAUGGGAGUAUGUUCCUCUGGGUCCUUUCCUGGGCAAGAACUUUGGGACAACGAUCUCACCCUGGGUCGUCCCCAUGGAGGCUCUGUUACCCUUUGCAGAGCCCAACUCCGUCCAGGAGCCAGAGCCCCUGCCCUACCUCCAACACCCUGAUGCUUACACUUUCAACAUUAAUCUGUUUGUGUCUCUCAAAGGACAAGACAUGGCAGAGUCAGCAUCCAUCUGCAAGUCAAACUUUAAGUACAUGUACUGGACCAUGAAGCAGCAGCUCACCCAUCAUACAGUCAACGGCUGCAACGUCAGACCAGGAGAUCUGCUGGCUUCUGGGACUAUCAGUGGACCUGAUCCGGAGAGUUUUGGCUCCAUGCUGGAGCUGUCAUGGAGGGGAUCGAAGAGCAUCGACCUGGGAGGAGGAGAGAGCAGAACCUUCCUGAAGGAUGGAGAUGAAGUCACCAUCACAGGUUACUGUCAAGGAGAUGGAUACAGGGUGGGCUUUGGACCCUGCAUGGGAACCAUCCUACCAGCCUCGCAACACUGAAACACUCGUACUGUUACUCAUGUGGGUCCUCAUCCUUUUCUAGAGCACUCAUACCUGUAAAACACAAACUCACACACAACUACAGAAUCUCACCCUGCUUUGAUGUGCAUGACCUGGGCUGGAAGAUUUUUAUUUGAACGAUCCCAUUUUGAUUCUUAAAAUCCUGAGAUUUUUAACUCUUCUCAGUAAACAUUCACAUCUUCAUUUAUGUUAUGUCUCAAAUUUGUGGAACACGAGUCACCUUCCGUUACAUAGGUCUAUUUAGCACCGUUGACCCUAAAACAUGUAGAGAUGCAUCAUGUUUUUGUCGUUUUGCAUUUGCUAAAGAAAUUCAAAAUCUGGGGGAAAUGUGUUUACAGAGUAGCCUACAAUGUGCACUUUUAUGUUUAACGAGGCAACAAUGUUGCUCUCUUGUUGGAUGUAAGAGCAAUGUAAGCGCCUUUCGCAAAUUUAUCUGAUGACUGAAUUAUUAUGAAUCAAAUUUAAUCGAAAUGAAAGAUCAGUGCCGAUAUCUAGCCCUAAUGACAUCAACCAAUUUUUAACCUGCUUUACACACACACACACACACACACACAGUGCUCUGUAAUAUCCGUUCUGCAGAGGGAUUCUGAAUCACAUCACAUCACAUCGUGAAUGCUGUACCAAGAUCAGUGUUAUUGAUGUUUUAUGUGUUGGCUCCUGAUUUAUAAUGAAAUCAUCCAUUUUUAAUACAGUA